GCUGCCGGGGCUCGGGGACAGCGACAUGGAGUCCGUGGCCCUGUACAGCUUCCAGGCCACGGAGAGCGACGAGCUGGCCUUCAACAAGGGGGACACACUCAAGAUUUUGAACAUGGAAGACGACCAGAACUGGUACAAGGCCGAGCUCCGGGGUGCAGAGGGGUUCGUCCCCAAGAACUACAUCCGCGUCAAGCCCCACCCGUGGUACUCAGGCAGGAUUUCCCGGCAGCUGGCAGAAGAAAUUCUGAUGAAGCGGAACCACCCGGGAGCCUUCCUGAUCCGGGAGAGCGAGAGCUCUCCGGGGGAGUUCUCUGUCUCCGUGAACCGCCCCGGGCCUGCUUUGCCCAGGCCCAGUUUGACUUCUCAGCCCAGGACCCCUCCCAGCUCAGCUUCCGCCGCGGUGACAUCAUCGAGGUCCUGGAGCGCCUUGACCCCUGCUGGUGGCGAGGCCGUCUCUGCGGGCGCGUCGGCUUCUUCCCGCGGAGCUACGUCCAGCCGGUGCACCUGUGACCCAAGUGGGCCCGGGGGGCAGAGCCAGUGGACCGGCCAUCCACCGGGCACUGAGGUCCAGAGAGAGGACACGGGCACCCCCAGCCCAGGGCCUUGGACUGGAACGUGGGCCUCAUGGCUGUCCGGCCGGCCUCCUGUGCUUCGUGUCAACUGCGACGGGCCCAGCGCCCCGGAAAGACCGCUUCGUUCAGGGCCCGUGGGCUAGGGGAGCUCCGGGGCCUCCGCCGGCCUCUUCCCGUUGGCCAUCAGCUGUGUGACGUCACGGCGUGGCCGGCAGGGCCCGCCCACU